AUGAUUGUUAGAGAUUUCUUCUUCAAAAUCAAAAGAGUCUGGUGGAUCUGCAUCGCAGCCAAGCACUGUCUCGAUGGAGGCGUCUUCCACCGGGACAUCAAGCUGGACAACUUCAUCAUCAACACGGCGACGAACCGAGUCCAACUGAUAGACUUUGGCUGGGGUGAAGUCGCCGAAACUGGCAUUAAGGGGCAGUUCAUAGAUUCAGCUGAUCCUCAGCCGGGCCCGUCCCGCAUCAGACCAGCAAUCUGUGUCACGGAUCCAGCUGAAGUUCCCUUGUCUGAAUUUUAUGAGGUGGAAGAAGUUAUUGGACGAGGAUAUUUCGGCACUGUGCACAAAGGGAUCCGUAAGUCUGACGGCCAGCAGGUUGCCAUCAAGUUCAUAAAGAAGCUUUCGACAGGCCGUUUUGCAGACAGGUUCAUCGCAGUGCCUGGGGUUUCUGAGCCUCUGUUUGCAGAAGUGGCGUUAAAACUCCGGCUGAAUCGGCCUCCGUUGAGCACCUUCAUUGUGCACAUGCUGGACUGGUUUGAGGAGGAAGAUCGGUACAUCCUCAUCCUGGAGUAUUCAGAGCCCAGCAGAGACCUGUACGUAUACGUCUUCUGGGAAAAGCUUAGCGAAUCUCAGGCUCGUAGCUUGAUGUUCCAGGAGGCGCUCGCAGCCAAGCACUUUCUCGAUGGAGGCGUCUUCCACCGGGACAUCAAGCUGGACAACUUCAUCAUCAACACGGUGACGAACCGAGUCCAACUGAUAGACUUUGGCUGCGGUGAAGUUGUCGAAACUGGCAUUAAGGGGCAGUUCAUAGCAGGUUACACCAGCAACAUGCCCCUGGACACUGCAGACAAGCGUUUUGCAUGUUGAGUGGUUGUGGAGUCACAGAUGAAGGUUGUGCUGCUCUGACUUCAGCUCUGAGAUCAAACCCCUCACACCUGAGAGAACCGAAUCUGUCUGGAAAUAAACUGGGACACACAGCAGUGAAUCUGCUCUCUGAU